UAUUAAGAACCAAAGGCCAAAGAAAUACCUCAGACAAGCAGCAACGUGGAGGAAAAUCUAAAGAAAAGAACGAAAGUCUACAAGGAAUUAAUUGAAUCGACGAUUUUUAUUUUGUCAACAAGAUGCCUAACGUAAAGCUACAGGAUCCCUAUGGCGAAACAUUCGAGGUUGACAUCGAAAUCAUAAUAUGUUCGAUUAUUAUCAGGGCCAUGCUGAAAAAUCUCCAUAUAUACGAGGAGGAGGAAGAAGUGGGAGUUGUGCCAUUACUGAAUAUUAAUCCCGCGAUCCUCAAUAAGAUUAUACAGCGGUAUAUAUAUGAUAAAAAUGGUUUUCCACCACCACCCGAAAUUAAGAGAGCGAGAUACGAGAACGAAGAGUAUUGUGCUGAUGAUAUCGAUUCAUAUUAUGCCGAAUUUGUAAAAGCUGCGGAAAGCACUUGCUUCGAUUUGAUUUUGGCAGCUAAUUACCUCCGUAUCAAAGAUCUCAUAAAUAUCACAGACAAAAUCGUUCUCUUAAAUAUCACAUGCCAAACCGUUGCUGAUAUGGUUAAAGGCAAGACAUCCGAAGAGUUUCGCAAACCAUUUAACAUCAAUGAUUAUAUUAUUUCGGAGGAAGGACUAGAAAGAUGCUUGGAGAAAAUGACAAAUAAGAGCAUGAGGAAAAGAAAAAGAGAACAAGAAGAACAAGUAGAAAAGCGGUUGAAGAAAGAGAUGGAAAAGAGUAGUGUGAAGAAAAGAAGAAAGCAAAAUCUUUAAUGUUGCAUGGUUGGAUUUAAUUGGAUUAGAUUUUAACAAUUUUAUUAUUUUAACAAAUAUUUUAUAAUAUAUAUUUUAGUGAAAGUAAGUUUACUCGGAC